AUUGGUACGGCGGAAGCAGUAAACUGGAUUCUGAUUGGUAGAUGUCAUAACACAAUCGGUGACGCUUGCUGGGAAACAUGGCGGCGGCGAGUGGUCUGUUUUCCGAUCUACGGGAGAUUAAGAAACAGUUACUGAGUGUGAGCUGGUUGUGCCGGGAGCGGGGCCUCCUACACAGCGUGAAAUGGGCAUCUGAACUCGCAUUCUCAUUGGAAUCCAUUCCUUUAAAUGAGCUACCACCGAUGCCUGCACUUACUGAGGAAGAUGCCCAGGAUCUGGAUGCCUAUACAUUGGCCAAGUCUUAUUUUGACUUAAAAGAGUAUGAUAGAGCUGCGUACUUCCUUCGAGGGUGCAAGAGCCAGAAAGCUUACUUCCUUUACAUGUACUCAAGGUAUUUGUCUGGAGAGAAGAAGAAGGAUGAUGAAACGGUAGAUAGUUUGGGUCCUCUGGAGAAAGGCCAGGUGAAGAACGAGGCUCUUCGUGAACUUCGUGUAGAGCUUAGUAAGAAGCACAAAGCCAGGGAACUGGAUGGAUUUGGACUAUAUCUAUAUGGGGUCGUUUUGCGGAAAUUGGACCUGGCUAAAGAAGCUCUGGAUGUGUUUGUGGAGGCGACACACGUCUUACCCUUGCACUGGGGAACAUGGCUAGAGCUUUGCAACCUAAUAACAGACAAAGAAAUGCUGAAGUUUCUUUCUCUGCCAGACUGUUGGAUAAAAGAGUUUUUCCUGGCACAUAUAUACACUGAGCAGCAGCUGAUUGAGGAGGCCCUACAAAAAUAUCAAAGCCUUAUUGACGCUGGCUUCUCCAAGAGCACUUAUAUCAUUUCCCAGAUUGCUGUUGCAUACCAUAACAUUAGAGAUAUUGACAAAGCUCUCUCUAUUUUCAAUGAGUUACGGAAGCAGGAUCCUUACAGAAUAGAAAACAUGGACACUUUUUCAAACCUCCUAUAUGUCAGAGGUCUAAAGCCGGAAUUGAGCUACUUGGCACACAACUUGUGUGACAUUGACAAGUAUCGCGUGGAAACCUGCUGUGUGAUUGGCAACUAUUACAGCUUGCGCUCCCAGCAUGAGAAAGCAGCUUUGUAUUUUCAAAGGGCAUUAAAACUGAACCCUCGAUAUCUUGGUGCUUGGACACUGAUGGGUCAUGAGUACAUGGAGAUGAAGAACACCUCUGCGGCGAUACAAGCAUAUAGACACGCUAUUGAAGUCAAUAAGAGAGAUUAUCGAGCCUGGUAUGGAUUGGGGCAGACCUAUGAAAUCCUAAAGAUGCCAUUUUAUUGUCUCUAUUAUUACAGACGUGCCCACCAGCUCAGACCCAAUGACUCUCGGAUGCUCGUUGCCUUGGGGGAAUGCUAUGAAAAGCUCAACCAACUUGUGGAAGCUAAGAAGUGUUACUGGAGAGCAUAUGCCGUUGGAGAUGUGGAGAAAAUGGCCUUGGUGAAACUGGCAAAACUUCAUGAACAACUGAAUGAAACCGAGCAGGCUGCCCAGUGUUACAUCAAAUACAUCCAGGAUAUCAAUACUUGUGGGGAGAUAGUGGAGCACCAGGAAGUGAGCACCGCAUUCCGCUAUUUGGCUCAGUAUUACUUCAAAUGUAAACUAUGGGAUGAAGCUUCAGCAUGUGCCCAGAAGUGUUUUAAUUUUAAUGAUACAAGAGAAGAAGGUAAAGCCCUUUUGCGCCAGAUUCUGCAGCUCCGAAAUCAGAAUGAAAGCCCUUCUGCUGAUCCCCCGAGCAAUGCUAACUUUUUAUUCCCACAAUCCCUUUCAGCAAGUAACACGCCUACAAGAAGAGUAUCGCCACUAAACCUUUCCUCAGUCACACCAUAGCAAAGUCUUCUUUCUGAAUAUUUAGUGCCAUGCCUGCUGUAAGGACAGUGCAAUGAACUAGAUGAAAUGUUGCUUCUAUUGAAGCUCAGAUCAUUUCCAUGUAAAGCAUGUCUGUGAAGUAGUCAAAUGAAAUCGUGCUGCCAAACAAGGACUGGUCAGGUUUGUGCUGGCUUAGAGCAUCAUGAAGCCUGGGAGAGACACUCACCACAAGUUUACCUGCCUUUUCUUGCAUUUCUUGUUAAUAAAUUUUUUUUAUACAG